UUUAGAAUUGAAUAUUUUUUUGGCAUAAAGAAAAUUAUAGAAUAAAUAAUAUACAUCAUACUUUUUAAUCUAAUUGCCAUUAUAUUUAUAUUAUAGAGGUCCAAGUAGGUACAAGUUUGAAUACAAUGGAAGAUGUUAAGGAUGUUUUUUUCAGUCCACUGCCUGAUUCCCCUUACGUAAAACCAUUUAGGUUUAAUUACACUCAGAACGGCAUGAAAAAGACUUGGGACAUACUAGAGGUUCACGAUAGUGUGGUAAUUAUAGUAUUUAAUGUUACAAGAAGGGUUAUGAUAUUCGUCAAGCAAUUUCGACCAGCUAUUUACUAUAACUGUAUAAAACCUGAAGAUAGACAGGCAGACUUUAUAGACACAAAUAAGUAUCCAGCAUCAUUGGGUGUUGCAUUAGAGAUGUGUGCGGGUAUCAUAGACAAGAAUAAGUCGAUAGAUGAGAUUGCAAGAGAGGAAGUGCUGGAAGAGUGUGGAUAUAAUGUUGAGCUCAAAGAUUUGCAUAAAAUUACUUCAUACAGGUCUGGUGUUGGUGUACAGGGAGCUCUCCAAACACUAUACUAUUGUGAAGUGACUGAUGAUAUGAAAACAGAACAAGGUGGUGGUGUGGACGAUGAAAUAAUAGAAGUGGUAGAGAAAACAAUCCCCGAAAUAGAGGCCAUGGUCAACUCGCCGGGACCACUGACCAGCCCGCCAGCUUGUCUCUUUUCUUUAAUGUGGUUCCUACGUAAUAAAGCAGACAAGUACAGAAAGUAGGUGCAUAAUACGGUAAUAGACAAUAAUAGAUGAUUCCUAACGACCUAUUAAGACCAGCCAAUCUAUUCUAGUGACUAAUUUCUAUCCAAUAACAUUGGAUUGCACAUAGCAUGUGCCUUUUUAUACACUUACAACAUAUUUCGUUAUUUAAAUGACAUGAUAUUGGCUUGUCUAGAACUUACUGCAGUUCUAAAGCAUUGUUAAAAUUCUUAAUACUUUAGCCGUAUAGUCAUGAAAUGGUGAGAUAGACACACUUUUUAUACUUAACUUUUGCAUAAUAGUGGUCACUUUAGCGUGCAAGCAUUUGUAUUGUACUAAUAAUAAUUAAGUUACAUGUAUAUGUAACUUAAUUAUUAUUAGUACAAAUAUUUUAUAUAAACGCAUGAAAAAUGUUACCGUGCACUCAUUACUAUGCACUAUUUGCUAUCUAUAUUGAGAGCUAAUUAGGAAUGUAUAAGUGUUGGAAUUUAAAGUCUUUUUUAAAACACAUGUUGUUUAGAAUGGAACUGUAAUUUAAUCAUUCCAGUAUGUUAAAGUCCCAUUCUGAAGACUAUUUCCAUUAUAAAUCUUACAUGUUAUAUAGUCAUAAUACAUUCUCUUCUCACAGGAGUUUCGAAAGAACUUGUGGAAAAUGCAAAGACGAUAUACUCGAAAA